GGAGGGAACUCGAGUCUAACGGUUUUUAUUUCCGAGAAGUGAUUUUCAUUGCGAGUUUAGUUGUGCGUCCUUUUAAACGUUUUAAAUUUGUUUAUAAACAAUGGAUACGCAGCCCUCCGUUGCGAGCUAUUUCAAUACAAGAAAGAAGACUACGCUCGAGGAUAUUAAGGCAACGAGAAGUAGUAAACUGCAAUUGGAUAGUGAAUUAACCACAACAGUUGUGAACGCAGUUCAAUUGAAAGGUUUAGCAAAUGUGAAGAAAGCCAUCUUCUGUGAUGAUAUCCAGGAAGCUAAAGAAGUGACUGCAAAGAUUGUAACUGUGAAAAAUGUGGAAACUAAAGCUAAGACCAGGAGGGCAACUAAGGUUGCCUCCGCUAAGAAAAUUAAAGAGAACAAGAAUCAGCCAGAUAUUCAGGAGUUGUUCAAAAAGAUGAAUAAGACUGACUCUACAAAGGAUACCAUGGAGGUGGAUCCGGAGCAAAAUCUAAAAACACCACCCUCAACACCGACAAAGAGAGUGAACAUUAUGGAUACUAUAAAAGUUUCUGGAAAUGAACCCACUUUCAAUGAAAUUAAGCAAAAAUUGACUAGGAGUUCUCGUCUGGCUGAGCUUAAGGCUUCUAUGGCCAGAUUCAAAGAAGGUCAAGCAAAGUUGGAGAAAAAACAAGAAUUAAAGACACCAGCAUCACCAAGUUUAAACAAAUUUAGGAAAUUAGAAUUAGAAGUAACUUUAAGUCCAAAGAAAUUCCAAUCUCCAGAAAAGGCAUAUUUGAGUCCCAAAAAGGAUGUUACUGCAAGGAAGAAUCUAUUGAAUUUAUUGACACCAACCAAGAAUGCUCUCUCAAUUCCAGCAAGUCCCAGUAAACAGUUGUUCACAUCACCACAAAAGGCUGCUCUAACCCUUCCUUACAAGUACAGGACUUUGGCUGAGCUUUUCAGAAGCAUUGACACUGUCUGCCAAAUUAUGCACAACCGAAAGGAAAUCAUUACUUUCAAGAAGUUGAAACCAGCUGUGGAGGAGUUAAUCAAAAGAAAUAUUAGGGAAUCACAUCUUGGACAAAUUAAGACCAUUUAUCCAGAUGCCUAUAAAUUCAAACAAGAAAAGUUGAGAGCCUAUGGAAGUGGCCUGAAUCAAGAGCAAUGGGAGUUGGUGAUUGAGCCUGUGAUUGAUCAGGAAUCGAUGACAUCGCAAGUGCUCUUAGAUCGCCGCAGACAUUUGUACAACACCCUCAUAAAUAAAACGAAAGUAUUGCAUAAUGAGUUCCUAUUGACUCUGGAUCCGCCCAUGCACAUUCCUCUGGAGAGCUUGAAGAAGUGGCAUCCAGAAUUUGAUAUCGAAAGAGUACCGGACUUGGAGAAUGCCGAGAUUCCGCAGCCACCGGACGAGGAAAAGUUUUCAUCCGGAAAAGACGUAUUGGAGAAGGCAAAGGCUAUGUUCAAUUGCAAUACGCGGAUGGAACAAGCUUUGGAAAGACUGAAGAAAGCCCAAGAGCUUCAACCGAAACAACCCGAAAAGACUCCCGAAGUUUCGUCUGUGCUUAAAGGUGUACCAAAGGCUCUGCUAGAGAAGGUGCGACAGAGGCAGGCCGCUAAAGCUUUGGAGUCAAUGACGAGGUCCGAGUCGAAAGAAAAAGAAAUUCAACUGUAUUCGCGGCUACCCGAGUUCGCAAGGCUCACGAGGAAUAUUUUUGUUGCCGAGAAGAAAAACGUCCUGCCCAUUGACACGGUGCUAAAUAAAUUGACGAACAGCAUCAGAAACUUUAUGACGAAGGCGGAUAUCGAGGAGCAUUUGCGUACGCUCUCCAAAGAGAUGCCCACGUGGAUGGUCUUCCACGCGAUCAGAAACGGCACGUUCAUUAAAAUCUCUAAGGAUGCCGACAUAAGCAUAGUCAUUAACAAACUAGAUGCCUUGCUUAAACAGAAAACGGAUGGAUGAACUUGGAUCAUUACGAUUUUUGCGAUUUUUAUUUAUAAUAUUAUCAUGAGCAUGAUUUUUAAGU